UCUUUUUUAUUUUUCACAGAGGAACAGAGAUGAACACCAUUGUGAGCGAGGCUCUGGAUGCUGUAGUGGCCGACGCUGCCGCCUUCGCUCCCGCCUCCACUCACCCUCUUCAGGUGGUGGUGGUGACGUGGGGCUCCGUGCAGCUGAUGACGGAGACCCUCACGCUGGCGCUGAGCCACUCACACGCCCGCUACCUCAGCGCCGUCCACGUGGCUGGGGUUGAGAGCGUGCUGCUGCAGGGGGCGCUGCUGGAGGAGGACGUCCCUGCCGGAGACGCGGCCGGCGGCGUCUGGGUCACCGGAGCCGCCUACUCCCCUGAUCCCUACACCUUUACUGCGCUCUUUAAAUCGUGGCUGGGGGAGACGAAGGGCAAGGAGGCCCACAUCCACGUGACCUUCCCCGCCUCCAGCGACCACCAGGACCCUCUCACCUUGUUGCUGGACGUGCAGGAGGUGAUGGUGGACCCCGUGUGUCUCCCCAGCACCAUCGCUGCCCGCCUCACCCUCCACCACAACCUGGUCCGCACCGUCUCCACCACACAAGGGAGCGGUGUGGGUGUGAUGGAGCUGGAGGUGAGGAAGAGGGUGAGGAGCGCCACCCUGGCCACUGUGGUCUUCGGUCACACCUUCUACCUCCUCCCUACUGGCGCCAGCACCCUCUCCUUCACCGACAUAUGGCAGAACAGACAGUAUGUGGCGGCGGUGUCGGAGCAGCUGGCGGCCCGGGACCAGGCCUUGUUGGUGCGGGCGGUGGCGCCUCCUGGCGCACUUACCCCUACCCUGGCCAUCCUCCCUGCACCUCACUCCUCAGCCCUGUCGCUGGUGCACGUCGCGCCUGCGGACCUCCUCCUGGCCGAGCGCCAUCUGGACGGCCACCACCAGGAGGUUCCUGACAAGGUGAGCAAGGAGAUGGAGCAACGGUUGGGGUCCCUGGACGUGUCGGACGUGAAGCUGGUCGACCUCACCUCCACCCUCAUCCCCACCCUGGUCCAUCACUUCACCAAGACCUCCAGGGGAGGAAGUGGCCGCGGCGGUGUACAGCCCAACACAGCCCUGGUGGACGUGAGGAACACCCCGGUGGUGGCGCCCGGGCUGCCCCCUGGCCGGCCCCGGCCGCAUCAACACCCAGCCUUCACCACCAACUUCCAGCCGGAUGCCCCCCUGGUGGUGGCGGACCGCGACCACUCCUCGCGCCCCCGGGGCCGAAGUCACGCCCGCGGGCGAAGUCACGCCCAGGGGCGGCGUGGCUGGGUGACGGCCCAGAGCCUCAACUUAUCUCGCUCCACCUAUUAUUAGCUGCCACGUACUACCUCCCACAGGAUUUGUGUGUUUUAAUUUGGGUUGAAUUUCUUAAAACUGUAUUUUGGUCCGCAAUUGAUUUUAUAUUUUUGUGCCGCAAUUUAUUUUGUAUUUUUGUUCUGCAAUUUAUUUGAUUUUUUUGUUCUGUAAUUGAGUUUAUAUUUUUGUUCUGCAAUUUAUUUUAUAUUUUUGUUCUGCAAUUUAUAUUAUAUUUUUAUACUUGAAAUUUAUAUUGAUGGAAUACUUCUACCUUACGUCUUUGUGAAGCCUCUCGCCAAAAUAGGUAUAUAAGCCAAUAAUAUAUAUAUUGCUUGACUAUUUUCAUCUCUUGUAAUUUGAAUUUAUAAUAAUAAACCAGAUGUA